AUGUCCAGGUUCGCUCGUGGGAGCAUCCUGCGGCGCCUGGCGGCGCCGACGGCCCUUACGGCCCUCGGUGGUGGCCUCGUCCUAUACGCCUAUCGCCCGCGAAACAUCCCGGGCUUUGAGGACCCGGUUGUUCCACCACCAACCUACGGCGCCGAUGGCACAUUCAAGCUGCCCAGGUUUCCGCGCACAAAAACGCGUGAAGAGCAGAUUGCUACUCUGAAGCGGAGCUCCGAUCCGAAAGCUGCCGACAAGGACGAGGGCGUCUAUGACAUGCUUGUCAUAGGUGGUGGAGCCACGGGUGCCGGCGUGGCCCUCGAUGCCGCUACCCGUGGACUCAAGGUUGCUUUGGUGGAACGCGAUGACUUCGCUGCCGGUACCAGCAGCAAGAGCACCAAGCUUGUUCACGGCGGCGUACGAUACCUCGAAAAGGCCGUUUGGGAGCUCGACUAUUCACAAUACGAGCUGGUCAAGGAGGCCUUGAAGGAGCGCAAGUACUUCUUGCAGACUGCUCCGCAUCUGAGCUCCUGGCUGCCCAUUAUGCUUCCUCUGGACAAGUGGUGGAAGGUGCCUUACUACUGGGCCGGAACCAAGUUCUACGACUUCCUUGCUGGCAGCGAAGGCAUCGAGAGCUCCUAUUUUCUCACCCGCAGCAAGGCGCUCGAUGCUUUUCCCAUGCUGAAGAAGGAGGGCCUUGUCGGUGCUCUGGUUUACUAUGACGGCGCACACAACGACUCACGCAUGAACGUCUCCAUCGCCAUGACGGCUGCGCUGUAUGGAGCCACCGUCGUCAACCACAUGGAGGUCACGUCUCUUACCAAGGAUGCCAACGGAAGGCUGUGUGGCGCAACCGCAAAGGACCUGGUUCCCGCGAGGGAUGGAAAGCCUGCCCCGGAGGUUAACAUUCGCGCACGCUGCGUUGUCAACUGCACUGGUCCCUUCUCCGACGGUGUCCGCAAGCUCGAUGACCCCAAGGUCCAGGAGAUUGUCGCCCCUGCGGCUGGCGUACACAUCGUACUCCCGGGCUUCUACAGCCCUGCAAACAUGGGCCUGAUUGACCCGCAGACCUCUGACGGGCGCGUCGUCUUCUUCCUCCCAUGGCAGGGCAACACCAUCGCCGGCACUACCGAUGACCCCUCCACGAUCGUCAAGGACCCCAUCCCCGACGAGAAGUCGAUUGAGUGGAUCCUCAACGAGAUCCGUCACUACCUGUCUCCAGAUAUCACCGUCCGUCGUGGUGACGUCCUCGCUGCUUGGGCAGGUCUGCGUCCUUUGGUCAAGGACCCCAAGGCCAAGAACACCGAGGCCAUUGUACGCAACCACCUUGUAGACAUCUCGCCAUCGGGACUGGUCACCUGUGCCGGCGGCAAGUGGACUACCUACCGCCAGAUGGCUGAGGAGUGCGUCGACGCCGCCAUUGCCGAGUUCAAGCUCAAGCCCGGCCCCGUCGUUAACGCCCCGCGCGUGUCAGGAACUGAGGAGAUUGAUGACGGCGCCGACCUCGAUGGCUCCUGCCAGACCCACAAGGUCCGACUCAUUGGAGCCCACGGCUUCAGCAAGAACCUAUUUAUCCACGUCAUCCAGCACUUUGGCGUCGAGACCGACGUCGCCAAGCACCUGACGGAGAGCUAUGGAGAUCGGGCCUGGACCGUAGCGGCCCUGAGCAAGGUCACCAACAAGCGCUUCCCCGCACGCGGAGAGCGCAUCCACGAGCUUUACCCCUUUGUGGACGGUGAGGUCAGGUAUGCCGUCCGUCACGAGUACGCACAAUCUGCCAUCGAUGUAGUGGCCCGCCGCACAAGAUUGGCCUUUUUAAACGCCCAGGCCACGCUCGAGGUGCUGCCAAAGGUCAUUGAUAUCAUGACCGAGGAGCUCAACUGGGACAAGAGGCGGCAGGAUUUUGAGUGGAAAGAGACUGUCAAAUUCCUCGAGUCCAUGGGUCUCCCCAAGCCUCUCCUGACCGUCACUCGCAAGGAGAUCGAGCAGGGAAAGAUCGAUUUGUCGACGUCGCUUGAGUACAAGAUGUACACCAGGCAUGACAAGCCGGUGGAGGAGCUGUAG